GCCUCUGCCUCAAGUGUAGUUUUUUGUAUAUAACCGAAGUGUUUGAAAAGUUGAAAGUAUCAGUUUGAGUUAACAGUCAACCAACAAACAACAAUCAAAUCAAUUCUUUAUUUGUGAAUCAACAAACAAUCAACAACUAAUAAUGAAAGUUUUCGCUAUUGUCGCUCUUUUCGUUGUCCUCGCUGUUUCUGCCGCUAUGGCUGACCCAUGGAAGAAGGACAAUCACUGGGGUGGUCAUCAUCAACACGGAAAAGUUGGAUAUAAAGUUGAUGUCCACCAUGGUGGUUGGGGAAAACACGACAAGGGAUGGACUGAACUUUACGAUUCACGAGACAAAAGCACUGGAUGGAAUUCACAUGGUCAUGAUAACGGUUACGGUCAUGGCUAUGGUCAUGGUUAUGGUCAUGGUCACAAUAACGGAUGGAAAAACUAACAACUUUUAAUCAACUCAGACUAACUUAUUUGUUCAUUUAUCUAAUUUAUAUAAAAUAAACAUUCAAAAGUAAAAUUUUAA